AAAUAAUUUAUUUCAAUUAUUUCCCAUACAAUAUCACAUUUUUCUAAGCUGGCUCUGCCGGCAUCUCCAAAAUUUAAAGUCUUUUAAAUGUUUUCUAAAAUUGCAAAAUGGUCAAGUUUGUGAAUAAAUUGUGGAAGAAAUAUGUGCGUGCGCACUUUCGAGCCUCGCUGGAGACAUCCGAGUAUGAGAACACUUCGAAUCUGUUUCAUGUCACGGCCUCGGAACAAACACAGGAGCUGCUGGACAGAUGCGAGCAACUGCUCUCGGGUUAUGGAGCAGACGAGCAGGCGGCAACAAAUGCUGCUCAAGUGCCAACGACGGUCAUUAAAUCGAAUGGCCACGAUGCGGAUGGCAAAGUGGGCGCCGAGACCGGUUGCUAUCUCGAAAUGUUGUCCACCAGCUCCACCGCCUCCUCCUCCUUAGCAGCGGCAGCGGCAGCACCAGCCAAAGCCACAACAUCUUCCUCAUCGAGGAACUCACUCUCCGCCUCGCGCGAGUACAUCGAUCUGAGCAGCAAUCCCUCGCUCAACAGUGAUAAGACCUUUCGCUGCUCCAGCAUACAGGCACUGGCUGCCGAUGAGCACCAGCCACAACACGACCAACAGCUCUACGACAUUUGCCAGCAUCAGGGCGAGGAGGAGGCCGAAGCGGAGACUCAACAGGUCUUUGCCCACGAGCUGUUCAUCAAUUGCCCCUAUGCCGAUCUGCCCGCCGGUCACUUGGCACUGCAGCGAUCCACCAAAUACGGCCAAUUACAGCGAAUCGAGAAGCGACUGUUCUUCGAUCAGAGCAAGAAGUAUUACUGUGGCAUACUGAACGAUUGGAUGUUGUGCUAUGCAGAUGGUCCGACCGCCUGUCGGCCCAGCAGCAGCCUCUACUUAAAGAGCUCGGCCAUUGAGAUCGAGCACUUCGGUGAGGGCAAGCGGCGUGAGAUUUGCUUUCAAAUCACAACCGCUGAUCCGAGCAAGAAGUUUGUGUAUCAGGCAAACAACGAGGUCGAUGCCAAAGAGUGGAUCCAUGCCAUUGAGGCGGCCAUACGUGGCGAUGCCAUUGCCCAGGCAUCGCUCAAAAUGCUACGCAAACUGCCCACGCCGCCGACGAUGAAGAAGCUUAGCUAUUCCCCUCCAGCAGCAGCGAUAGCAGCAACAGCAACAGCUGCAGUCACAUCGCCAACCGACAGCAUUUAUGAGGAGCCAUCGCCGUUGUAUAACUUUGGCGAUGCUUCGACGCCGCCGCGGUUGCCGGAGAAAUGCAACAGUCCGAGUGCAUUGGCCAAACGUUUCGAAUACGAUAUACCAAAGUGUCCACCACAGCCGCUGGUUGUGGCGAAUGAAUCGACUGGCGGUACCGAAGUGGAGACCACCGAACUGCUCAAUGGCGGCGAAGUGAAACCGUUGCCAAUACCAUCGAGUCUGCACGGCAGUUUGGCUCUGGACUUCCAAGCCAAGGUGAAGACGGUGCACAGUGAGUUGUCUAGUCAACUGACCAGCCCGGAGCGGCUCAAGAAGGCGGUGAAGAAGAGCUACUCCAGCGGCAACAGUGACACCGAAAUGACAUCGUUAACGAAUCCAAAUCCCCAAACGAAUCUCACUCCAAAGGAGCAGAAGAAACAACGCAAAUCGCAAAGUCCACAGGCGAGUCCGCAGAAAACGCCCGCAAAGGAAUCCGAUAAGGCGGCCAAAAAUUGGUUUCUCAGUCGCCUCAAUAAGUCCGCCACCGGUCUGAGCACACGCUGUUCCUCCAACUCCAGCAGUAGUAUCAGCAGCAAUACAACCAGCACGCCACCAAAUGCCAAGUGCAAACAGAGCGAAAAGGAGAAUCUGCUCAAUAGCCUCGAUCUCUGCGAUGGCAAUUACGAUGGUGCGCCCAACGAUCAGCAGCCGAGCAGCAAUCCCACAUCGCCGUGCUUGAAGGCGGAGGCCAAGAGCAAGGUGAACAUGAUCAUCAAUCAGUUCGAGAGCAGUGGACAUCUGUCGACUAUGUUCAGUGUGGAGGCAUUGGCGGCCAAUGCGUUGGCCUCGCUCACCUCCUUCUGCGAGAGCGACAAUUGCAACAACUACGAGCCAAUUAUGCCGCUCUCCACGCCGCCCAGCAGCUUUCUCAAGAAGGUGUAGCCUUCACCUGGGCAUCCUGUGAAGCGAUAGCACUUUAUGAUUAUGAUUAUUUAGGCUAGUGACAAGUCCACACAUUUUUUCAUGUUUAUCCUCAACAUUGACAUAAAAUUUUUUAAUAUCAAAACAUAAUCUGUUAAUAUACAUAAGGUUCUAUGUAGUGUGUUGCUAUUUCUCUCGAUCCAAUGAUGCCGGUGAGUUGAAGCGUGGCGUGUGUUAUCAUACAUAAAUAAUGUAGUAAAAGCAAUCAAAUUGUAAAAAAAAAUUCAAUUCGUCGGAUAGCGAGAGCUGGGUAAAUGGCUGAACUUGCUAUCCUUAUGUUGAGAUUCGAUAAUGCCAAAUAGAGCCUCACGUUUGCGUGGAUCCGUCACCAAUAUGAGUUUAUUAGGUGAUUCACCGGAUGAGAAGAGUCCGCCCAGCAAGCGUUUGCCUUCACGCUGCACUGUAAA